AUGAGCAAUUCGAUGCGGGAUUUGAUCUCGGGGGAGGCAGAGCUCGAUGAUGAGGAAGACGACGAGUCCUUCGAUGAGGAGACGGGCGAGACCCGUGAGAGAGAACGAAAUGGCGAUAUCGAGGAUUCGAGUGAAGAGGAAGAUGACGAUGAUGACGAAGAGGAGGCGGCUAAGAUCCGCGAGGGCUUCAUUGUCGACGAAGACGAAGACGAGGAGGAGGGCGACGAUUCCGACGACCGCGAGCGCAAGCGACGACGAAAGCGGCGCCGCGCAGAGCGCGAAGAGGAGGCCCAGCUAGACGAGGAAGACUUGGACCUUAUUGGCGAGGCGCAUCCGGACUGGGAGCGCAAGUCGGCUGAGCAGUCAAAGUUUAAGCGGCUCAAACGCGGCCACCGAGACGAUGAAGACCGUGGCCCCGACCGUCGCGACCUCGCCCAGAUCUUCUCGGAUGAGGAAGAUGACAUGGUUGACGAGAGGCCUUACGGCCGGCCGAGCCAUCGCGCCCAAGCCGAUGAGUUUGACGAUUUCAUCGAGGAGGAUUAUCCUGAAGACGAGGAGGAACGAAACCAGCGACAAGAAGACCUUGAGGUGGCGCGACCUCGUGAUCGUGGUAUUGCUGGCAGCAUCCUCGAUACCACCGGUCUUGACAAGGAUGCUCUGGACGAGAUGGAUCGAAUCUUUGGCAAUGGCGAUGAAUACGACUGGGUCCUCCAGAUUGAGGAAGACGAAGAGGAUCGAGAGAGGGAGGAGCAGGCCAUUGAGCUCAAGGAUGUUUUCGAACCGUCGCAGCUGAAGGAGAAACUGCUCACUGACGAAGACAACUUGAUCCGCUACACGGAUGAGCCUGAGCGGUUCCAGCUCGAUCGCAAGCCCUUCAAGCAACUCCAAAUUACCGCCGACCAGUUCAAGGAGGAAGCGCGAUGGAUAACCAACCUCAUGUGGCCCCAGAAAGGUCUGCAGGGAGACCUGCUGCCACCCUUCACCAAGGCGAUUGGGAAGGUCUUGGAGUUCUUCGUCGUUGAUGAUGUGGAAGUGCCUUACGUCUUUCAACAUCGCAAGGAUUACCUCAUCCACGCCAAGAAGACACGGAAUCCAGAACGUGAUCGUGACGAGGAUGCGCCUGAAUAUGUCGUCAAUGCUGAGAAGCUCCUGACACAGGACGACUUGUGGCGCAUUCUCGAAUUGGACAUCAAGUUCCGCUCCCUGAUCGAAAAGCGCAAUGCGCUGGAGAAGUCAUACGAGAACCUUCGCUCUCAAGCCGAAGUUCAGGACAACAUUCUGGAGGACAUGAUCAGUCAGGCAGCUACCAUGGAAGAGCUGCAGGAUCUUCAGGAUUACAUGCAGUUCCAGUAUGCAGCACAGCUCAAGGAUAUGGCUGCUAUGGGCGCUACCAACAAGGAGACCAAGAGGCCCGGAGCCAAGGGCAGCCAACUAUUCGACCGGGUCCGAAAAGCAAAGGCCUACAACUUUGUCCGCGCCUAUGGCAUCACCCCUGACCGACUUGCCAAGAACGCAUUGCGUGAAGGCGGAAAAGUUUCGGCGGAAGACGACGAGAAAUUGCCGAUGGACUUGGCCGACUCGCUUGCGGACGGUGACUUCAUGACUGGAGAUGCUGUCAUCACCGCGGCUCGCCAGACCUACGCAGAAGAGCUGUUCACCAACCCAAAAAUGCGACGACACUUCCGCAUUGCAUACUACGGCAACAGUGUAGCCAGCUGUCACAGGACAGAGAAGGGCCUCCGGAAGAUCGACGAAUCGCACCCUUUCUACGAGAUUAAGUAUCUCAUGAACCAGACCAUCCCCGACCUUGCCCAGCGCCCAGACCUCUAUCUCAAGAUGAUGAAAGCCGAGGAAGAGGGCCUGGUCGAGGUCAGGUUGAGGCUGCAGAACGAGCGCGAAUUCCGGAGGUCGCUGUUCAACGAGUUUGCGUCCGACAAUUUCAGCGAGCGGGCUGAUCGCUGGAACGAGGAACGUCAAAAGGUGCUUGAUCUUGCAUUCACACGCCUUAACAAGAUUAUUGCAAAGGGUGUCAAGGAUUCCAUGCGUACGGCUUGCCAAGAAGAACUUCUCAAAAUCUGCCGUGAGGAGUACUCACGACGUCUGGACCAGGCGCCUUACAAGCCGAAGGGCCUGAUCCUCGGUACGCCCCCACGUGUUCUCGCCCUUUCUAACGGAAUGGGAGAUCCAUCUCGCGAGCCUGUGUUUUGGACGUGGGUAGAGGAAGAUGGCAAGAUGCUUGAACAUGGCAAAUUCGGUAACCUGGCCCGUGAUGAGGCCCAGCGAGAGGCCUUCGUUGAGAUUGUCCAGCGCCGACGACCUGAUGUUGUCGCAGUCAGUGGUUGGAGUUCAGACACCCAUAGGCUCAUCAGAGAUCUUGAGAGCCUGAUUCACGACAAGGGUCUGAUGGGACCCGAGUACGAAGAUCCCGAGACGAGCGAGUACCGAAGUGAUCUCCUCGACGUUGUGGUGGUCAACGAUGAGGUUGCAAGGUUAUACAAAGACAGCGAGCGCGCAACAGCUGAUCUUCCCAAUCUCAACUCGAUCACUCGAUACUGUGUUGCCCUGGCGAAAUACCUCCAGAACCCCAUGAAGGAAUACGCUGCGCUUGGCAAGGACAUCACCUCUCUAUCCUUCCACCCUUGCCAGCACCUGCUGCCGCAGGAUAAGCUGAUGAAGCACCUGGAGACUGCUAUGGUCGACAUGGUCAACCUGUGCGGUGUCGACAUCAAUGAGGCUAUUGGCAACGCAUACAAUGCAAAUCUCCUUCCUUAUGUUGCCGGCCUGGGCCCCAGAAAGGCGACUGCAGUCAUCAAAGCCAUCAACGCUAACGGCGGCGUCGUCAGCUCUCGUGAUGAGUUGGUUGGCGAUCCUGACAGUGGCAAGGUCCCCGUCGUUGGUCCUAGGGUGUGGAACAAUUGCGCCAGUUUCCUUUACAUCGAGUACGACAGUUCCAGUUUAACUUCGGACCCGCUCGACAAUACCCGCGUCCAUCCCGAAGACUACGAGCUAGGCCGGAAGAUGGCUGCUGACGCUCUUGAGUUGGACGAGGAAGAUGUCAAGGCGGAGACGGAUGAGAAUGGGCCCGGAGCCAUCGUCCGCAAGCUGUUCAAGGAGGAAGAACAGGAGAAGGUCAAUGAACUCAUUCUCGAGGAGUAUGCCGAGCAGCUCGAGCGCAACUACAGCCAGCGCAAACGCGCCACACUCGAGACUAUCCGUGCCGAGCUGCAGGCUCCGUACGAAGAACUCAGGAGGAACUUUGCCAUCCUCGGUGCUGAAGAGAUCUUCACCAUGCUCACUGGCGAAACCAAGGAUACACUCGCCGAGGGUAUGAUUCUGGCAGUCAACGUGCGGGUCGUGAAGGAUGAUUUUGCCAUUGUCAAGUUGGACUGUGGUAUCGAGGGUCGCGUGGAAGCCCACGAGGUGUCCUACCAUCACUCGAUCAAGGAAGCUCUUCAUGUGGGACAGACGGCGCAAGCCAAACUUCUUGAGCUUAACCGCAAAGACUUCAUCAGCAAGCUUACCAUGCGUGAGGACGCUCUUCGGCGGCCUUACAAGAAACUGAUGGACCGGGACCGGGAUCGCGAUGUGUGGGACUUCCGCUUGGAGGACCAAGACAAAGACGCCCUCACCGAGAAGGACAAGACGACUGGCCGGACUCAGCGUGUCAUCAACCACCCGCUCUUCAAGCCCUUCAACUCCACCCAAGCCGAGGAGUAUCUGGGCUCUCAAGCACCAGGCGAGGUCGUUAUUCGGCCGUCGUCUAAAGGCAAUGACCAUCUGGCUGUCACGUGGAAGGUGGCCGACGGCGUAUACCAGCACAUUGACGUACUCGAGUUGCACAAGGAGAACGAGUUCUCGGUGGGCAAGCUGCUCAAGGUCGGCGGAAAGUAUAGUUACAGCGAUCUCGACGAGUUGAUAGUGGAUCACGUCAAGUCGAUGGCUAAGAAGGUGUUCGAGCUCAUGCAGCACGAGAAGUUCCAGAAGGGGUCAAGAGCAGAUCUAGAGAAAUGGCUGACCACCUACAUGGAUGCCAACCCCAACCGGUCGACCUAUGCGUUCUGCAUUGACGCGAAGCACCCUGGGUACUUCUACCUGAGCUUCAAGGCAAGCCGCGGGUCCAAGGUUAAUUCGUGGCCGGUGCGGGUUAUCCCGCAUGCCUACGAGCUCAUGAAGGCCGAGUACCCGGACAUGCGGGCCCUAACCAACGGAUUCAAGAUCCGGUACAACAACGAGCUGGUGCGGAUGCAGCAGGGUGGCAGAUAG